GUUCCGAGUAGACGCCGGUACGAAAGUUGAAUAAAAACCUAAAUAUUGACGCAUUUACUAUAUAUGAAGACCAGAUAACUAUCACGAUAACAGGGUCUAAAGAAAUAAGAAACAGGACUUGUUGAUAGAAGGACAGUUAUAUGCUGAUGUCUUAACUGUUUACUAAACGUACAGCUACUAAUGUGAAAAUUAAUUACACGUGAAAAGAGGUAGGACCUAUAUAUUAAAAUCCAGAGAAGUGGACAUGGAGGCCCGUGUUAUCCUGGAGACAGGAGUGGUCACUGCUGGAUGUAUAUCACUUGGGACAUACCUACAAGAUACAGCAGGGGAGGCAUUCCAGCUCAAUAGCCUUGGAUUCCUGGGCUGUUCUUACAUUCUCCUGCUGUUACACCAGCUUGUGCCCCAGUUUAAUCCAGGUCUAAGGAGGAUAGAUGCAUCCAGAAUAUUAUACAGAACCAGAGCAGAUCCAGGAAUCUGGUGUUGUGCCUUGUUACCACUGGCAUAUGUUGGGUAUGGUAUCCAUGUGGGGAAUCUGCCAGAACUGGAGACAAGUUUCUUGUUGUUCACAAUACCUUUGACCCUGGUACACUACAAUGCCUCGAACCUCACCCAGAUAGCUGGAGCUCUUCAACUACUCUGGCUUCGCUCUCAUCUAAUACAGCAUGAUGUGUUCAGCCUGAGUCUGUUUGGAGCGAUCUGUGUGCUGUUCUUCAUGCUCCUUACGAAGGUUCCAGAACUGUUGCCGAGGUCGUUUACAGAAGGGGAGAUAACUCUGGUGCUACAGCUUGUUCUAACUGUUAUACUUUCUCUUACACUUGGUGUGUUAAAGGGAGAAGUUGAUAUACAGGAUGAUCUGCUUUCUGGUCAGAAACUAGCCGUGGUCGCCUUUGAAGGUGUGUUGCUUGGCACGGUCAAGUUUUGGAUUGCCAGGCAUUUGACCAGAGGUAGAGGCACACCCCUUUUUUACCUGACUUUUUUUACCACUACCUUGACCGUCGUCCUGCCUCUCCUGUACCAGUCAUUUGGGUCAAGCUUCCUGAUUGACAUCUUUGAAUUCAUCUUACAAACUCCAACAAGGACAAAACUCCUGGUUUCCUGGACAGUCCUCAUUGGGUUGAGUGUAGUUAUCGUGUAUGUGAGGAAUGCUUCGGCUGCUGGUGGUCGAGUAUCCUCAGACCAGCGAAAGGUCUUCCAUCUAGUCAUGUUGGCAGUGUAUGUACCUGGGCUUCUGAUGGACCCGUCGUUCUUGUGGACUUCGUCGGUCAUAGGUCUAGGAGUCAUGGUCAUUUUAGAGGUGAUGAGGAUGAAUAGUAUAUGGCCUCUUGGAGCCAUUUUGAAAAAGAAUUACAAGGUUUUUGUGGACAGUCAAGAUCAAGGGGAGAUAAUCCUGACUCCACUAUAUCUACUCCUUGGCUUCUCUUUACCUGUCUGGAUAAUCCCUAUGGACAAAUUAGACAGUACAGAUUUACGGUUGUAUGCCGGAGUUCUCUCCCUUGGAGUGGGGGAUACGAUGGCGUCAGUGGGAGGGGCAUUUAUGGGAAGACAUAGAUGGCCAGGGAGUAAGAAAACCAUACAAGGGACCGCUAUAUCUAUAAUGUCACAGCUAGCAGCUCUGUAUGGUCUACAUAAACUAGGCGUGGCAGUAAUGUUUUGGCAGAGUAUCCAGGCAGUGAUAUUGACGGCUCUCCUGGAGGCCCUAACUAGUCAAAUAGACAAUCUUGUGCUUCCUCUUUAUAUGUUCUGCCUUCUCUCCAUCCUACCAACGUAACACAGUCAUCUUUUCUCUCUAUCCACAUAGUAAAGACUGGUGUCUUAUCGGGGAGAUGUGUGUAUGUCCGUGAUGAUACGCAGCAUUUUAUUAUACCCCCGAAACGAAGAACUUCU